UGCUUCACUAGCAGGUCAGCCUCACUGACAGGUUGCUGCCAGCUGGGUGUUAGUGGGAGAGGCACCCUGACAUUACUCGCUCUCUGAACUGCUUUCUCUUUCAUGUUCUUGUGUUCUUGCAGCUGAGAGCCAGAGGGUGGGUGAGGCUGAGAAGCAGGUUUUAGAAAUGUCAGACGUCCUCCUGGAACUGCUCCGUGUCUCUGAGAAGGCUGCUAACAUUGCCAGGGCAUGCCGGCAGCAGGAGGCCCUCUUCCAGCUGCUCAUCGAGGAGAAGAAAGGUGCAGAGAAGAACAAGAAGUUUGCUGCAGAUUUCAAGACCCUGGCGGAUGUGCUGGUGCAGGAAGUUAUAAAACAGAACAUGGAGAACAAGUUUCCAGGCUUGGGGAAAAAAAUUUUUGGAGAAGAAUCCAAUGAGUUUACAAAUGAUUUGGGGGAAAAGAUCACAGUGGAACUGCAGUCCACGGAGGAGGAAACAGCAGAGCUUCUCAGCAGGGUCCUUAAUGGCAACGUGCUGGCAUCUGAGGCACUGGCUAAGGUGGUUCAUGAGGAUGUGGACUUAACUGAUCCCACUCUGGAGUCACUGGAGAUCAGCAUCCCACAGGAGAUUCUUGGGAUUUGGGUGGAUCCCAUAGAUUCCACUUACCAGUAUAUUAAAGGUUCUGCCAAUGUUAAAUCCAACAAAGGAGUUUUCCCCAGUGGACUUCAGUGCGUGACCAUUUUAAUUGGCGUCUAUGACCUACAGACAGGCCUGCCCCUGAUGGGGGUCAUUAAUCAGCCUUUUGUGUCCCAAAACUCAACUACUUUAAGGUGGAAGGGACAGUGCUACUGGGGACUCUCUUACAUGGGGACCAACAUCCAUUCCCUGCAGCUCGACAUCUCUAAAAGUGACAGUGAAACCCAGACUGAAAACUCUGACAGGGAGUUCUCCAGCCCAUUUUCUGCAGUCAUCAGUACCAGCGAAAAAGACACCAUCAAAGCCGCUGUAUCACGAGUGUGCGAAGGUAGCGUCUUCCCUGCAGCGGGGGCUGGCUACAAGAGCCUCUGUGUAGUCCAGGGCUUGGCUGACAUUUACAUCUUCUCAGAGGACACCACGUACAAGUGGGACUCCUGUGCCGCCCACGCCAUUCUGAGGGCCAUGGGCGGGGGCAUUGUAGACCUGAAAGAGUGCUUAGAGAGAAGUCCAGACACAGGACUAGAUUUGCCACAACUACUGUAUCACGUGGAAAAUAAAGGUGCUUCUGGAGUGGAUCUCUGGGCCAACAAAGGAGGGCUGAUAGCAUACAGGUCCAGGAAUCGGCUGGACACCUUCCUGAGCCGCCUCAUCCAAAACCUCGGGCCUCUGAAGAUACAAACAUAGGACUUUGACCUCGGGGCCCUUAAGCCAAACUGAAUCCUGAACUGUUAUGUCUAUCUCUGGAAGAUAGUUUUGUCCCAUUGGUUAAUAUUCACCUUCCUGUUUUGAGGAUCAUUUUUCCAUUAUGUGUUCAUAACAUGAAUUUCAGUAAGUUAGUGACAUUUGUGUCAUAGUUAAGUUGGUAUAUGAUAUUGUUAUAUGAACAUUGUGCUGCCAAUGUUGCUUGGAGCCCUUCAAUAAAAUAACAAGGGAAGAGCAAAAAUGUAUAGUUCAAGUAGAAUGACUAGGUCCCCAGCUGUUUGGGAUCCAGCUGUUGGGAUCCAUGGGUUUAGCCUGAGGCAGAAGACUUAGAACCAUGAAUCUGAAUAUUAUAGCCAAAUACAUGUACUUUCAAAAGUU